AUGGCAGAAGAAAAAGAUGAACAUGAUUUUGAGAUCGCUUAUGCUGCAAGCAAACGUGGCUGGAUGGAGACUGACAUAUUUUUUAAUUACAUGUCAAAAGUAGUAAUACCCGUUUUGGCAGAAAAUAAACCAUCGCUAAUGAUAUACGAUGGUCACAGUACACACGUUAAUAGCAAAGUAGUAUCUUUAGCGGCGGCAAACGGCAUUACUAUAUUAAAACUUCCUGCGCAUACCUCCCACUUGCUGCAACCGUUAGACUUAGCAGUGUUCAGGUCAUUCAAAAGUAUAUGGGACCAGAAGAUUGUCGAAUGGCAACGCCAAAAUGUAGGCAUCAGAAUGCGCAAACAGGCAUUUGCUGAAAAAUUUGCAGAAGCGUGGCAUCAAACACGCCCAAGUGUCAUUUGUAAUGGUUUUUCAAAAAGGGGAGGCGAUUUACCCAUUUAA